GGUUAGGUUGAUUUGGGAGGGAUUUGUCGGAUUUGUCCUCGGUUGGCUGUUGCGCUUCAAGAUCUGAAAGCUCCUCAAAGGCGCUAACGUGAUUAUUCAAGAAGACGUUCAGGAAGCGGAAAAAAGCAAAAGCGUGCUCUUAUGGGCGUUUCCGCCCUUUUACUCGACGGGCUUCUAGUAAAAAUGUUCCCCUGAGAAACAUAGUAUUUGGAAUGGGAACCAAUCUGGAAUGUAAAAAGUUCGAUCCUCACCUGGUUGAGAUAUUUGUCGAACGUAAUGUUCAUCCUUCUGAGGUGUUUACUUCAUAGUUUUUUCAACAUUCGUGCUCAUAAGUCAUUUGGAGUGAUUGCAAUGGCUUAAAUCGUGGACACUUAAACUUGCAAUAACAAUUUAGGAUCGUGAAUCAUUAUGUUCUUGCUAGGUUGAAAAUGUCUACUACUGCUAGCGGCACGGAAGAGAAAACUGGAGAUCCACCAGCUCCGUUAUGGAAAAAAAUAGAUAAAAUAACUCCAGGAACAAAAUGUAUUCUGUGUGCUCGUGGAUUGAUUGAUCCUGUCACCCUAGGGGAACUGCGCCAGUUUGAAAAUGUAACAAGUCAUUAUUAUUGCUUGCUUUUGUCCAGCAACCUUGUUCAGGGAGGUGAGGACCAUGAAGGCAUUGAAGGAUUUUUGCCCCCUGACAUCCUUAAAGAAGUUCGAAGAGGCUCACGCUUGACAUGCAGUUAUUGCAAACAAAAAGGAGCAACUAUUGGAUGCUGUGUUACUUCCUGCAAGAAAAAGUUUCAUCUUCCUUGUGGACGCAAAAUGGGAUCCAUGCAUCAAUUCUUCGAUCAAUUUCUAUCGUUUUGUUCUUCUCAUCGACCCCAACAAAAAGUUCAUGCAAAGUUUAUUAAACUACUUAAAGAGGAUGAAGAUUCAAAUACUUGUCCAAUUUGUUAUGAAUCUGUUGGAAACACGGUCACUAAUGAUACUCUUUGGGCUCCAUGCUGCCAAAAACGGUGGUUUCAUAGGGCAUGUGUUCAACGUCAGGCUCAGGCCCAGGGUUACUUUUUCAAGUGCCCCAUGUGCAAUAACAAUAAAAAAUUUAAUACAGAAAUGAAACAUUUUGGAAUCCACAUUCCUGAAAUGGAUGCUGCAUGGGAGAGGGAGCCACAGGCCUUUCAAGACUUAUAUCAUACACACAGCGUGUGUGAUGCUGAAAAAUGUGAAUGCCCUGAUGGAAGAAGCUAUACACAAAAUACGGGCAGUUGGAGAUUAAUUCGAUGCAAUUCAUGCGGUUCUCAGGGCACUCAUAUUGUUUGCAGUGCCCUGAAAAUGACUGCAUCAAACAACUCUUGGCGCUGUUCAUUUUGUGCAACAAUUUUUAACAAAGGAAAAGGCAGAAGAAUGGAGCAUUAUUUUGAGACAAGAUCUUCAAGACUGUCAAGUACAUCCCUUGCACCCUCACCUACACCUUCUUCAUCCCUUUCUUUAUCUUACCCUCCUCCAUCCCUAUCUCCUCCAUCCCUUCCUCCUCCAUCCCUUUCUUCAUCCCUUUCUCCUCCAUCCCUUUCAUCAUCUCUUUCUCCUCCAACCCUUUCUCCUUGUCCCUCUUCACCUCAUCGCUCUUCAUCUCCUACUCCCAGUAGUACUUCAUCAGUUAGCUCUUCUAUCAGUUCUUCUCAACGAAGAACAGCUGUUGAUGUUUCAAUUGAACAAGAUAGAAAACGCAGAAAACCAAGCCCUGAGACUGUCAUCCAAGGUACAAACAACUCUGAGCAGGUCAAAGAACACAAUACUCUUCACUGUACAAGUAGUCCCAGUGAAUCAAAAUCUGUUAGUGAUGAAGAUGAAAUUGUUGUGGUUGAUGAUGAUUCUGAGAGUGAUAUUGAGGUGGUAGAUGUUGAAAAAACUACUAGUGUAUUGAGAACCUACCCUGUAUCCUCUGAACUCCGAACCAAUGAAGGAAAAACCAUAAAGGUACACAAAGUUGCUGCUGAAGGUCAUACAACUCCAUUAGAAAUUGGUAGCUUGGGUGCAGUUAAUAUGAGGCCUGCAUCAAUGAAUCAUGAACCAAAAUCUUGGAAGACAAAGAGACCAGAUAAUGCUUCUUCUACGUCCCAGGACCCAAAUCAUCUGCAUAUCCAAAAUGUUGGGACUGAUCCGAAUAGUCACAUGAAUGGUUCAACAUUAGGAAUUAAAAUUGCUGAUGUACGUCAUUCUAAUGAGAAAGGAGGACGAGACAGUGAAGGCUCCACAAACUACAGCUCAGACAGUACCGAAUCGGAGCUUACUGGAAUUCGUGAGCAGGCUCACAGACCAACAUAUUUAUUAUCUUCCUGCAAGAACUAUGGAUGGACAGGCAACUGUUCAAGCAUACAUCCCGGUGACUGCUCUGAGCCUGAGCCUUCAGCAGCAGCUGGCGCAAGCACAGCAGCAACAGCAGCAACAACUAAUAAUGAAAAAUGCUGCCUCAGGAGGGAAAUCCCUAUCUUCACCAGACGUGGUCACUCUGGAUUAGUUUUGAGGGAGAUUCAGAACAAGCGAAAGCUUGGUGAACUGACUGAUUUUGAGAAACCCUGUCCUAAGAGAUUUAAAAAAAGUACUUGCUGACCCUUUGCAAGUUAUGUUUGAUGAUUAUAUGGCUGUGCACUGUAACACGUUUUUAUGAUGUUUGACUAAAGGUUUGUUUAUAGCAUCAAAGUUUGUUUUUAUCUUGUUUAAUUGUACCUGGAUGUAUGGCUUGGAACAAAAUAUAUUAAAACAAUCAAGUAUCA